AUGCUUGCCUUUACAGUUUUGGAGUUGGGCGGCAUCUGUACCGACAGGCACCCUGACUGCUCGAACUGGGGUGACGCGGGCGAGUGCUCCUCCAACGCCGAAUUCAUGGCCAUCCAUUGCCCUCUGACAUGCCGGGUGUGUGAGUUUGAGUGCACGGAGACCAACGAGCACUGUGCUGGCUGGGCUCGACAGAACGAAUGCGAGAAGAAUGUCCUUUCGAUGAUGCGAGAGUGCCCGAUCCACUGCGGGAUCUGUACGCCCGAGUGCCGGGACACCAAGUAUCAGUGUGCCGGAUGGGCUGACGCAGGCAAGUGCCGCGAGAAUCCAGUCUUCAUGACGCUGUACUGCCCAAGGUCGUGUGGCACGUGCAUGCACGCGUGCCGCGACAAGGACUGGCAAUGCGGCCACUGGGUUCGCACCGGAGAGUGCGGCAGGAACUCGCAGUUCAUGUUCGAGCGCUGUCCUGCGUCCUGUGGCGUCUGUGGCGACGGGCUCAACCAUAACCUCAAGUGCGAGGACAGCAAUAGUACGCAGUGCCAUGUGUGGCAUGACAGUGGCGAAUGCGAGCACAACCCUGCAGCGGUCAUCAAGAGCUGCCCGUACUCAUGUGGCGCGUGCACCCUGAUCUGCAUGGACCAGCACGAGAGCUGCGCGGCAUGGGCGGAGGCGGGCCACUGCGCCCCCGACGCGGAGGUGCAUCAUUCCUUCAUGCUGAGCAAAUGCCCGGCCUCGUGUGGCGUUUGCUCGCAACUUGAUUCCAACUUUGGUGUGGCACACAUGCGCGAGGCGCCUGUGCUCCACAAGUAG